GGGGAUGGAGGCAUCAAAGCACCUGCUGAUCUGGAAGCGAAAUGGCACGCAACACACGGUAGCGAUGUUUUCUUUUACCACAUGGAGUUCGCCAACGACUUAAUAGAGGCACUCUUAAAAGGCAUUGUGCCGCACGGGACGGACCUCAUCUACCUGUUUGGCGUGCCUUUACGCGAGGACUUCACGGUGUGCGUCUCGACAAACCGCACGGCGAAUGACCUUUGCGUGAACCCAGCGCCACUGUUUAACGACCGCGACGCCAAUAUGAGUCAGACGAUGAUCACGAUGUGGACGAAUUUCGCCAAAUAUGGAAACCCAACACCUGAGCCACUAGAGGGCGUGAUUUGGAAGAAGUUCGACUUGGAAGAGAAACACUACUUGGUACUCGACUGGCCAUCCCGGCUCGAAACAUCGUUUGGACAACGAAUGUCGCAGUUCUGGAACGAAUACUUGCUAGAAUUAAACGCGAAUACAAACUACAUUGUUAAUCCGACCAGCUCGGCAGCAUUAAACGUCGAGGCUAUGGUUGAGAUUAUGAAAAGUAACUUGGGUGAGGACAUGAGUGCCGACGAUCAGUGGCUGAUCGUGUGGGUUUUAGUCGGAACGGUGGGAUUUCUCGCUGCUGUCUGCGUUGCGUUGGCUAUAACCCUUAUCGCCAAAAUAAAAAAGACACCAUGAGAAAUCAGAUAAUUACUGCCUCAUAUAAUUGCAUCAACCUUUAUUAUGAAUAAAUGUUCAUGUUAGCGUUUAUUUGAUAAUGGUACAUGUGUUCUAUAAUUACUGUUUAAAAUUAUUAAAAACCCUUUUAAUCAACACGAUCUAGUUUUCGAAUGGGCAGUUAUAAACACGAUAUAUCAAGAACUCAUAAUAAACACGCGUUAAUUAAGUAUUAUUGACAUAAUAUACACGCGUUUAUUACGUGUUAUUGACAUAAUAAAUACGCGUUUAUUACGUAUUUUGACAUAAC